AUGGAUGUCAAACUAACAGGAGCAGUGCUCUUCUCUCUCCUUCUUACUCUACAGGUAUUCUCCGCAGGUAAAUCCAAUUUUUUUUUAUUUUUUACAAAUCUUCUACUUUCUGGGGAUUUAAAUAUCUAACAUGAAAUAUCAGAGAUCUUCUCUUCAAAAUGCUAUGAUGACGUAGUAUCAUAUAUAUUUUAGAGGAAAUGGAGUGAAAAUAUAUUUUACAAAAUGAUUACUAUGUUUUUACCAUUUGUAAUGAUUGUGAUGAUCAGGACAUUCAGGGGCGGUUUCAGAUUAAGUCUUGGACUAAAAAGCACUUUCUAUGGAGAUUUUCCAUUUAGAAUGAUUUUUAGGCCAGAACUAAAAUUAAUCUGUGUUUGGGAAACCGUCCCUUACUGUUCAGCAAGUGCAGCCAAUAGCAGCACUUUCACAAUGUCUUGAAUGUCAUCCAGAGAGGAAUGAUGAGACUCCCACUUCCUGGCCCGAUCGAGGAGCCAUUCCCACGGGAGACUACCUGGAGAAGGGGAGAGGAGAGGUGCACAGAGUGGGAGACUACCUGGAGAAGGGGAGAGGAGAGGUGCACAGAGUUGACAGACAAGGUGAGCCAAAAAAUCUAUACAUUCAGACUAGCUUGGAAUCCAAACUGAAUAUUGAUCAGUAUAACUAUUGUUUCAGCGACAUGGUGUGAUAUUCAGCUUGGAUCCCAGGCUAAAGACUACUGAGUAAACAUGAUUGAUCUCUUAUGUCGAUCUUUGGUGGCAUUUAUAUAAUUUGAUUAAUUGACAACAAACACAACUUUCUCACUUAUGUUUAUUUUCACAGAGCUGCAUUCUGGGCAAUCUGAACAUGUUAUUCACACGCUGUUGAGCAUGAACGAUGCAGCUGAGAUAGACAUCAUCAACCGUGAUGAGUCUCCAUGUAAGGUCGUAUCAGUCAUGGACGACCUCCCAACCCCUCAGGUUCAGACUCAACCAACCCCGACCACAGUUACCACCAGCAGCCCACACCUGGACAAUAACAAAGACAAGGAAAAGGCAAAGGAAGCUCCACAACCUCAGGUUCCAGUUGUCCCAUACCUACCCAUCAGGCCUGUUGCCCCCAACAUAAAUAGCUUCCCUCCUGCACCACCAAUGUUCUUUGUCCCUCAGAGAGGUGCAGCACGCCAUCCCCAACCCAUGAGCUGGUUUCCCAGAGAAGGUUAUGGCAGUUUGCCCAACUACCCCAUGCCCCCCUCUGUAUUCUCAGCCUAUGUCCGGGCUUUGCAUGGAGGUUCAUCUGAAGAUAAUUCUCUGGGUGACUGA